UUGGUGGAUAAGAUAUAAGAAAGUGAAAUCCUUUUGUUUACGAGGUGGCUUUCGCUUUGAAUAAGAAACUGAAAGAAAGGAAAUGGAGAGAGAUUUUCUGGGUUUGAGCUCAAAAGAAUCAUUGCCUCUGGUUAGAGAAGAAGUUAAGAAAUGGUUGAUUACUUGGGAUUUUAUAGGUUUUACUAAAAGCUCUGGAUUUCAAUGGCCGGUUUCGAACAAGGUUUCUUCGGCUGCGAUGAGCUUUGAUUUUGGUCAAGGAGAUAAGGCUAAAUGGAUUGAACAUGAUUCAAUGGUUCCCCCUGGUUUCAUGCAUAUCUUAACUCCAGAUGCUGCUCAACUUCAGAAAUCCUUCAUUCACAACAGCCAACGAGUAGGCAAUAAUUUUCCGUUGUCGGCUUCUUCCUCUGUUCAACAUGAUGUACAUCACCUUCAACGGCCUUAUGAUGUGAAAAUGUUUCCGUUCCCAAACCAAUCGAUUUCCGUUUCGACGACCAACCAGUUUAUGAAGAAUCAUUUCUCUACGGCUGGUCUAAAUUUGCCCAUUACUACUGCCAUGAAACCACAAUUGCUUGGAGGAAUUCCGGUGUCGACUCCACAUUCGGUUCUUCCCGCCCUUGCUUCCUUGGGCGGAAGCAUCGAACCAUGGAAAAGCGGCAAGGUCCUGCGGGACUCCGGAUCACCUGCUGCUCAAUUGACGAUCUUUUAUGCUGGUACCGUGAAUGUCUUCGAAGAUAUUACCCCCGAGAAGGCUCAGGCUAUCAUGUUACUUGCUGGGAACGGAUCUUCCAUGGCUUCUAACACGACACAACAGAAAGCGCAACUCCAGACCCUGAUUUCAAAGACAGUUCAAUUCGAAACUGUUCCGGCAAACCAGCUCAUGAAUACACAACUGUGCUCUGGUAUCCCAAGCCCUUUGUCGGUUUCAUCUCACACGGGUGUUCAAUCUAGGAGUGGAUCCAUUAAUACCGAUGAACUGGUUGUAUACAAGACUACGGGAAGUUCAACAACCCCUAUCAGCAAAGCGGAGCCUCCAAAACCGGCAAAUACCAAGGGACCAAUAACCGGCAUGAUGCCUUCCGUUCCUCAGGCUCGCAAAGCAUCCCUGGCUCGGUUUUUGGAGAAGCGCAAGGAGAGGGUUACGACUGCAGCACCAUAUGAAGUGAGCAAGAAAUCUCUACAAUCUACAACACUGGCAUGAACUUUGCUGCAGACAUGUUGUUCUUUUCAGGUAAGCAAUGGAGGGUUAACCAUCAUCAAUGAUUUUGGUGACAUUACAACCAUUUUCUUAUAUGUAUGUCUGCUUAAUUUCCAUCAGUUUAACGAAUUUAUUUGUGUAUUUUGGGUUUUUUUAGGGUUUAUAAAGUGUUGAUUAUUUGCUACUUUGUAACCCAAUCAAUUGCCGUUACGAUGUAGAAAAUAAAACAAUAGUAAGAUUUUGUAUUAA